GAUUCCUGCCAGGUAUAAAACAUACACCGCACUCUCCACGUUAUUUAAAACGGGUGGCCUGGUAUUUGUCGUGCCAACCAAGAGCGCAAUAAAUCUAUUUUAUUACAAAAGGUCACUAAAUGGAAUGAAACGUUGAUAUUUCAGUGCGGAAUCGCUUGGUUGUUUUAAUUCUGUUAAACGUUUUACCAUGAAUGGUUCAUUCACAAACAAGGGAUAUUCCCCAGAAGUCAUUACGACUGACGGAGGACCAAAAGAUAAUAAGAUCCACCCAGAAGAUCCAGAGCUCGGUCGCCAGAGACAGGAGAGUUCCACGGAUCACUUGGACCCAGUGACAUUGACCUGGAAAGAUGUCAACGUUUAUUCCAUUCCAAAGAAAGGAUGCUGUAACAGAGGAAACGCAGUGCCCUCUAAACACAUUUUGAAAAAUGUGAGCGGAAUGAUCAAACCAGGCAAGCUCACAGCCUUCAUGGGAUCCAGCGGAGCAGGGAAAUCAACACUGAUGAAUGUUCUAACGUUCAGGAAUAGUGGGGAUUUAAAAUUAGAUGGCGAGAUCCGAGUAAACGGAGUCAAAGUGGAUAAAUCCAAGAUAUCCAACAUAUCAGCCUAUGUCCAACAGGACGAUUUGUUCGUGGGAACUAUGACAGUCAGAGAGCAACUCACGUUUAGAGCAUUGUUGCGAAUGGACAAGAGCAAAAGCCGAGAGGAAAGGCUACAGAAAGUCGAAGAAAUUAUUCAAGAACUGGGUCUCAAAAAAUGUGCUGACACCAUGAUCGGAACGCCAGGCAAAACCAAAGGGAUUUCUGGUGGAGAGAUGAAGAGACUGUCAUUUGCCUCUGAGCUUCUGACCAACCCACCGCUUAUGUUUUGUGAUGAGGCCACUUCCGGUUUGGAUUCAUUUAUGGCUCACAACGUUAUCCAGUCCUUAAAGUCACUGGUAAAGCAGGGGAGGACUAUCCUCUGCACCAUUCACCAACCGUCCUCUGACGUCUUUGAGUUGUUUGACGAAGUAUUCCUGCUGGCAGAAGGACGAGUGGCAUUCUCAGGAUCAGUAAAUGACGCUAUGAAUUUCUUCAAAAGCAAUGGUCAUACUUGUCCGAUCAACUACAACCCAGCAGAUCAUUUUGUCAUCACCCUAGCCAUUGAACCUGGUCGGGAGGAACAAUGCAGAGAAAAAGUCAAUAAAAUCUGCGACAACUUUGAAGCUUCGUCAGCAUAUAAAGAAAUAAAAUCGAAGACAGACGAGCUGGCAAAUCAUCCGGAGGAACAUUUAAAACAGAUGAUGGAAACCUUGACGGAUAGCUCAAGGUACGAAGCUUCAAUAUUUCAACAAGUAAAGUCUGUAUUUUGGAGGAGUUGGGUGACUAAUAUACGAGAUCCUAUGGUGGUUCGAAUCAAGUUUGCCCAAACUAUAUUUUUUGCCUUGGUUCUUGGGUUGGUCUAUCUCAAAACAAGUGAUAGCUAUAACCAACAGGACAUCAUGAACAUCAAUGGAGUCAUCUUUAUAAUCAUCACCAACCUCAGCUUCACCCAUGUUUUUGGCGUCCUCAAUGUGUUCCCACUAGAAGUUCCGGUAUUCAUGCGGGAGUACGGGACGGGAUUAUACAAUGUCGCGGUGUACUACUUAAGCAAGACUCUCGUUGAGAUUCCAUUUCUAAUCAUCAUUCCAAUCAUAUUCAUGUCCAUAUUAUACUGGAUGAGCGGAUUAAUCCGCGAUGCAGAUGCAUUCCUCGUAGCCACGGGCAUUUCCAUACUGGUAUCGAAUGCUGCAGCUUCGUUUGGUUACGUGAUUUCUACUGCCGUCCCCUCCACUACUGCCGGUUUGGCGAUUGCUCCAGCACUGAUGAUUCCAUUCCUUUUGUUUGGAGGAUUUUUUCUCAAUAGUGGAUCUACUCCUGACUACCUGGUAUGGCUGAAAUACAUAUCCUGGUUUUUCUAUGGCAACGAGAUAUUAGUCGUCAAUCAAUGGGAAGACGUUACUCAGAUAAGCUGCACAACAAGUUCAUCAUGCAUUUCCAAUGGUGCAUUAGUAAUCUCUUCAUUGAACUUUGACAAGGAUAACUUCUACUUAGACAUUGGACUGCUCUUUGCUCUGAUUGCAGCAUUCCGGAUUAUUGCCUUUCUCAUCCUCCUCUUCCGAGCAAAACGGUCGCAUUGAUAGCGCGAAUUUACAUUGUGUGCUAUAAAAGACUUGAAAUGGUUUCUUUGGUUUUCAUUGAAUUGUUGAUGUUUUAUGGUUUUCACUUUCAUAUCCCAGAUCAGAAUAGCUUUUUGUAAAUUUAAUAUUCGAUCGAGGGAUUAGACAAUCUGUGUAAUUUUUUCUUAAUUAUGUGUUAUUUUUUCUUAUCUUUGUUUUUUUUAAUAUUCAAUGUUCUGUAUUCGGAGAUGGAAUGCAUUUAACGAGGGGACCAAGAUUUCUUCGAAUUCUUUAAACUUUAAUUUUUUGCUUGUCACGUUCUCACUGGAAUUAACUUUUUCAACAUUAUAGAUCUGCCUUUUUAUUGAGUCUUAGAACAAAUCGCAUGUUGAAUGAAUACCAUUAGUUUAGAAUGACGGAAAAGAUAUAUCACUUAUUGAGCUUCAGUAUCGAUGAUAACUUUUAUGCUUAUCUGAUCUUAAUAUUGUUUUCUAUUUGAGAGCAUAAGUUGUAGACAAAUAGUCUGGGCAAUUACAUGGUAUUGUUUAAAAGAAGCAAUUGUAAGCUUCUAUAGAAACAUUAACAUGGAAUGUAACAUAGUUUAUUGAAACUAUGGCAUACUAAGUCUGAAUCAAAAUAGUUAAUUCCCUUUUUGAGUUGAAAUUUUACUUAAACUGGAUCACUCGGAAGGGAUAAGAAAUUGAUUUUGUGUUGUUGUUGUUGUUGUUGUUGUGGUUGUUAUUCUCGCAAUUUUACCUCAAUAAAAAUAUACAAAGUAAAAUAUAUAA